UAUAAGGAGAUAUGACAUUUUCUGUCUUUACUUUGAAAAUUUAUUGUAAUCAAUACAUUGUAAAAAGUGGGGAUUGGAAAUGUACCAUUCAAUAAGAAAACUUUAUUCACAAUUGUUGUGUUUUAGUUCCAAAGAAUUGAAAAUGAAAAAAUUCUCCAAAUAAUUAUUUAAAUUAAUAUACAAUAUAUUUUCAGCUUAAAGUAUAUAGAAUAAAAUUCACAAUGUUGGAGAAAAGCAGUGAUAAGAACAAAAGAACCAUAAAAGAUAUUUUACCGGCAACUUUUUUUUUAAUGAAAUUUUGCGGCUUAUGGCAACCAUUUAAAUUAAAUUAUCCCAUUUUGAGAAUAGUCUAUAUUUUUUAUUCAGUUUUUACAAUGUUUACAAUGAUUUCCGUAGGAUUGUCACUAAUAUGUUUCAUUAUUAUUUCAUCCGAAAGGAUCAAAGAUGCGAUUAUUGAAAAUUCAUUUUUACUUUUUACAUUACUUAACGGUUGGGUGAAAGCUUUUAUAUUUUUAUCUAGACAUAGAGGUAUUAAAUCUUUAUUGAAAACAUUGCUGGAGGAUCAUUGCCAACCUCAGGACACCACUGAACUUGAAAUGCAAAAGAAAUUUGAUGAUGAAGCCAAAAAAAUAACAGUUAUUUAUUCAAGUAUGAUCGCAUUUGGCGUAACUUCAAUGUAUUUAUCAAUAUUGAUUAAUGAUGAAAGAGCACAAGCUCUCAACACAUGGCGACCAUAUGAAAUUAAUUUGAAACUUUAUUUUUGGAUAACGUGGAUUCAUGAAUUUAUUGGUCACUUUGUAACAUCAAGUGUACAUAUAGUUGGUGAUACUAUGGUACCGGGUUUUAUUAUUCAACUUUGCUGUCAAUUAAAUUUUUUGCAACAUCGAUUAAAUGACUUUCCUUAUAAAGUGGAAAAUAUUCGUAAGACUUCAAAUUCCAGUAUAAUUAAACAAAAAUUAGAGUCAUCAUUUAUUUCAAAAACUGUUGUACAUCAUAACACAAUAUUUCGGUUUGCGGAAAAAAUUACAAAUCUAUUUGUGGAAAUAUUAUUUGCUCAAUUUGUUUCAAGUUUAAUUGCCAUUUGUGUAACUGUUUAUAAAAUUUCAAAGGAACCUCUGAAUUAUGAAAAUUCAUUAUCACUUUUUCCAUUUGUGAUUUGCAUGUUAACGCAACUUUUACUUUAUUGUUUUUAUGGAAAUGAAUUAAUGUUUAGCAGUAGUGAUUUACAGGAAGCAAUUUUUGAAAGCAAUUGGCUAUUUCUUGGAAAAGAAACAAGAAAAAGCUUGAUAAUAAUGAUGAUUCGUUGCAAAAAGCCAAUUUUAAUUUCUAUUUGUUCAGUUGCAUUUGUCAAUUUAAAUUCUUUCGCAUCGAUUCUAAAGGCUUCAUAUUCAGCUUACAAUGUUUUACAACAUUCUGUAUAAUUCGUUUGUAGUUUCUCAAAAUAGGUAUUAAUUAAUUUUUUCAAAAAC